ACACUAUCUUUGUUGGAGCAAAUGGUGAUCAUGCGCCGUUUCUCUGUUUUUCCCCGGUGAAGCUAGGGCACUGGGCUAAAGGUGAAGAGAGCUUGCAAACACUGGGCAAGUGGGUACAUUACACAAGAACAUGGAUAAUCAAGUGUUUGAAUCGACUGUGGAGCGCACGUUCCAGUAUCAGGCGUCCUUGCCUCCUCUUCCAGUCCCUUCUUUAGAAGGAACUUUGAGUAAAUACUUGGAUGCAGUUAAGCCGUUCUCAUCAGAAAAGGAAUUUCAGAAGACCUCUCAGAUAGUGAAGCUAUUUGGGGAAGGGCUCGGCAAAGAUCUGCACCAGAAGUUGCUGCAGAGAGGGAGGACCAAAAGGAACUGGCUGGAAGAAUGGUGGCUGGACAGCGCGUACCUGGAGAUCCGGAUGCCGUCCCAGCUCAGCAUUAACUUCGGGGGCCCCGCCCCCUACCUGGAGCACUACUGGCCCCCCCAGGCUGGCACCCAGCUGGAGAGGACCAGCAUCACCACCUGGCAUGGCUUCCAGUACUGGGACCUCCUCCGCACUGAAAAGCUAGCCGUCCACAAGGCAGGGAACGUACCACUAGACAUGGAUCAAUUCCGUAUGCUGUUCUGCACCUGCAAAGUGCCUGGCAUCACCAAGGAUACCAUACUCAGUUACUUUAAGACUGAGAGCGAAGGCCCCUGCCCCUCCCAUGCGGUGGUCAUGUGUCGAGGGCGGAUAUUCACUUUCGACGCCCUUCAUGAUGGCUGCAUCCUCACGCCGCCCGAGAUCCUCAGGCAGCUUGCGUACAUAAGGCAGAGUUGUGACAGGGAGCCAGAAGGAGAAGGGGUCGCUGCCCUGACCACUGAAGAGAGAACCCGCUGGGCCAAGGCUCGGGAGCAUCUUAUUGGCUUAGACCCCAUGAACAAGACUAUACUGGAAACCAUUCAGAGCAGCUUAUUUGUGAUCUCCCUGGAUGAGUCCAUGCCUUAUUCGACGCCUGAAAACUAUUCAGCGAUGACACUGCAAGCUAUCACCGGGGACCCGACGGUGCGCUGGGGUGACAAAUCCUACAACUCGCUGGCUUUCGCUGAUGGAACCUUUGGCUCUAAUUGUGAUCAUGCGCCGUAUGAUGCCAUGGUGAUGGUGUCUUUUUGCUACUACAUUGAUCGGAAGCUGAAAGCCAGCGAGGGAAGGUGGAAGGGAUCCGAGAAUGUCCGGGACAUGCCGCUGCCAGAAGAGCUGGUCUUCACUGUGGACGAUAAAGUCAGGAGUGACAUCACACAGGCCAAGCGGCAGUACAUGGAAACUGGACGCCAGUUGCAGAUCGUGUCCUACGCAUUCACUGACUUUGGAAAAGAUGCCAUCAAGGAAAGGAAGCUCCACCCAGACACAUUUGUCCAGUUGGCACUCCAGCUGGCCUACUACCGGCUUCAUGGAAAGUCUGGAAGCUGCUACGAGACGGCCACCACACGGCGCUUUUACCACGGGCGCACCGAGACCAUGCGGCCCUGCACCCCGGAGGCCCAGCAGUGGUGCCAGGCCAUGCUGGACCCCGCUGUCAACGUGGAAACCAAGCGCAAGAAGCUGUUGGCAGCUUUCUCCAAGCACAAUCAGCUGAUGGGAGAAGCUCAAAAAGGGAAAGGCUUUGACCGGCACCUCUUGGGCUUGUAUCUUAUUGCGAAGGAAGAGGGACUUCCUGUUCCUGAACUUUUCACAGACCCACUCUACGCCAAAAGUGGAGGAGGUGGUAAUUUUGUACUGUCGACCAGCCUGGUGGGCUACACCACUGUCCACGGGGCUGUCGCUCCGAUGGUGCGUCAUGGCUACGGGUUCUUCUACCGCAUCAGAGAUGACAGGAUCGUGUUGUCCUGCGCUGCCUGGAAGACCUGCCCAGAGACGGAUGCCGAGAAGCUCUACCAGAACUUCUGCGCUUCCCUCCACGACAUGCUGCAGCUCACGACCCUGUCCAAGCUAUAGAGCAAGGCAUGAUGGGAUAGCGGGAUGCAAGGCAAGACGAAACCAACUAGAAUCCUCAAUACUGCAACGUCUAAUGCAUUUUCACACUAGUAAUUUUACCUUUUGGACCACGCACAGAUCAAUGCAAACUUUUAUCACGCAAUAACAAUGCAGGCACUUCUUGGUUCUCCGUCCUUUUUUAUUUUUGUUACUCUAUUGUCUGUAAUUACGACUGAAUGAUUUUCCUUUAAUAUGGUAUUUUUUGAGAUAAUAUCCCGUGGAGUGUUGUUGUAGCAACGGAGGUGCACGCUAAGCUUGUGAAGGUAAUGUGUAUUUCUCGGUGGAAAUUCCGAAUGCUUUAAAAGCAUAGCUAGUUAGCAGCUCCUUAAAGACAGUCGAUCUCUUGCAAUAAUUUUCUGCUGAGGCAUCACUUAUGAAUUGCUGAUUGGUUGUCCUCUUGCCUUAAAACUGACAGUACUUAGUACCAAAGUCGACCCCCUAAUUAUGAGACUAAUGAUUUUUGUUUUGAUUGGAUGCACAGGCCAGUACCUGUUCUGCCCUAUUUAAUGCAAGUUUGUCUUCAUGCUUAUGAACAAUCCUUUAAUUGAAAAUGUUGUUGCCCUUCUUUGGAUUUUCAUGGCGGAUUUGAAUGGGGUAUUUUCCAGUGCGGGUGUACUGCCCAUUUGCAAUUUCUGCAAAUGACCAACAUCUUAUCUGGAUUCAGUGCAUUACGUUAUCUGGAAAGAGCAAAAAUAUGGCUUGUCUGUGAGAUUACUACAUUUGCUGGCAUUAAAUGACAGCUUUUGUAAAUGGAGAAAUGUUUCUCCGAUACAUUUUGAGUGAAGAGCACCUUAUUGUCAGCCUGGUGAUAAUGGCACUUCCAGGAAUGUAUAAUGGAAAGUUUGUUCGGGCUGCACUGUUUAUGUUCAUUGUGUCUGCGUCCAAAAACUUUGUAUGUAUAAAUUUGUGUCAUGAACAAUACUGUAAUUAUGUUGAUACACCAUUGUGUUAAUGAAACAUUACCCUAGGGUUAAAAACUCAAUGUGAAUUUCCUUCACAAUAGAUUGAAACUUUUGGUUUUUUGGGGGGUGGUGUAUAAUUGACAGUGUCACCAAGGGAGGCAUAUUUUUUGUGGUAUCAGCAGUGCCUAAUUGGCUACCAUUAGUCUGCCCUGUGUUAGGGACAUUGUACAUCUUCCUUUGAAAUUCAUCUGGAUUGUUAAAAUAACGGAACAGACCUAGCUGUAAUUUGCAAAAAAUGGGAGAAUACCUUACACUCCGAAGUAUAUUGUGUAUAUUAAUCUGAAGCAAAAUGGGUAAGGUGUUUUCUUAUCUGAAAAUAAGGUACAGCAUAAAUGUGAAAGGUCCAUUGAUUUCUAUUUUAAGCAUUGCGUGCUCUUCAAGGUUACUGUAAUUACAAUAAUCAGCUUUGCUUCGGGAAUGAUUUUCUAUUAGUAAUUGAAGGAUGAAUAUUCAGCGCAUAUUUCACUCAUGGCUGAUUAAUCUGUAACUGAAACGGAUGCUGGUGGAAAGGUCCCCCGACUACUGAAAUAUUUAAUCUAGUUCUGCUGCUUUAAGAAAUGCGAAAGCUGGAAUUGUGAGAUUGUCAGUAUGUGCUCAUAAAAAUGGAAAGAUAAAAUGUAUUGGCAUG